AUGAAGCUGGUGCGUGGUAACUGGGGGACGAAGGUGGAGUUCAUCCUCACCUGUGUGGCGUAUGCAGUCGGUCUGGGAAAUGUCUGGAGGUUUCCAUACUUGGCAUUCAAGAAUGGAGGAGGUGCGUUCCUCAUCCCCUACUGGAUCAUGCAGGUGUUCAUCGGGAUGCCUCUGUUCUUCAUGGAGCUGUCCUUCGGCCAGUUCGCAGGACAAGGCCCCAUCACCAUCUGGAAGGCCAACCCUCUACUUAAAGGUAUUGGGAUCAGCAUGGUCAUUGUCUGCACCUUCAUCGUCCUUUACUUCACCGUCAUCGUCGGCUACAUCGCCUUCUACUUCUUCUCCUCCAUGCAGUAUCCCUUACCUUGGUCUCACUGCGAGCACUACUGGAGUAGUCCCAACUGUCGGGCCGAUAUAGCAGGUGCUGCUGCUAAAAUCGCAACAGGGAAUCUCACCAUCGGCCCCAACGGGGGAAACUUCAGCCUCAUCAACAUGAGCCACAACAACCACACCAUUUCCCCCACUGAAGACUACUUCAAACAUUUCGUCCUGGAGAUGACGUCAGGCCUGGAAGACAUGGGGACCAUCAACUGGAAAGUGUGUCUGUGCUGUCUGUUUGCCGGCAUUGUCGUGUUGCUGGUGCUCCUCCGGGGAAUCAAGUCACUCGGCAAGGUUGCGUACUUCAACGCCACCUUCCCGUACGUGCUGCUGCUGUCCCUCCUCAUCAACGCCUGUCUCCUCCCGGGGUCCACGGAUGGCAUCCUGUAUUUCCUCACCCCCAAGUGGCACCGCCUGGCAGACGCCUCGGUAUGGAGCGAUGCAGCAACACAGGUAUUCUUCUCUCUCGGAGUCGGCAUGGGCGGCCUCAACCUCAUGGCCAGCUUCAACAACUUCAAGAACAAUUGCCUCAGGGACGCCAUCCUGGUGCCAUGUGUGGACUGCCUCACCAGUUUCCUGUGCGGUCUGGUAGUGUUCGCUGUGCUUGGCUUCAUGGCGCAUGACAAGGGGGUCAGUGUCGAGGAGGUAGCUGUCGGGGGACCUGGCCUGGCCUUCAUAGCUUACCCUGAGGCCCUUUCAAGGAUGCCAGUUCCCACCCUCUGGGCCAUCUUGUUCUUCUUCAUGAUGCUCAUCAUAGGAUUCAGCUCCCUGUUCACGAUGACGGAGACGGCAGUGUCCUCGCUCUGUGACGAAUACCCUUUGUUGCUGAGGAAGACAUGGAAAAGAACUCUCAUCUUCCGGGGUAUCGUGUCCAUUGUUCUCUUCCUGUUAGCGUUGCCAAUGACAACAGGGGCCGGCAUCUACCUCAUUGACAUCGUCGACUCCUCUGUAGGCGGCUUCCCUCUGCUGAUCAUAGCCAUCUCCGAGAUCGUCGCUGUCAUGUACAUCUACGGGUACGGAAGGUUUGCCGAGGACCUUCAGAUGAUGAUGGGGAAAAAGGUGUCCGUGUACUGGAAGAUGUGCUGGUGCUUCAUCGCCCCAGUUGUUCUCGUAGGUGUGGUGGUUUUCAAGAGCUGCCGAAUCCAGCCCCUGGGAUAUGUAGACUAUAUCUACCCAGCAUGGGCCCAGGUACUGGGCUGGUUGGUCAUGACAGUUUGUGUUAUCUUCAUCCCGGGCUGGUUCGUCGUCUACUUCCUCCGAUAUGGCGGAUGCAAGAUGAUUAAAAAAUUGUCCCGACCGGUUCCUGACUGGGGUCCCCGACUACCCGAAAACAGGACCGGCAUAUACGCGGACAGUAACACUCCUGCAGACAUCCCCUCAAUUGUUAUCAGCGACGUGGACGACCAGGCUUCUGGCAACGACGUCAAAGGUGUAAGUACCAAGGGAGAAGAUGGUUCGAAACACAGGAAGAGCGGAAAGAAACGGGACACACCUACUGGGCGUAAGGCCUCGCCAGCAGGAAGCAUGAAAGGCAACAAGGUCGGAAGUGUCAAGGGUACCGGCAGGAUCCAUGACGUAGGAGCCUCCGAGGAAAUAGAACGAGCGACUGUAACCAGUGUCAAAGGAGAGACCGUAACCGGUGUCAAAGGAGCGGCUGUAACCGGUGUCAAAGAAGCGACUGUAACCAGUGUCAAAGGAGAGACCGUAGCCGGUGUCAAAGGAGAGAUUGUAACCGGUGUCAAAGGAGCGACUGUAACCGGUGUCAAAGGAGAGACUGUAACCGGUGUCAAAGGAGCGACUGUAACCGGUGUCAAAGGAGCGACUGUAACCGGUGUCAAAGGAGAGACCGUAACCGGUGUCAAAGGAGAGAUCGUAACCGGUGUCAAAGGAGCGGCUGUAACCGGUGUUAAAGGAGAGACCGUAACCGGUGUCAAAGGAGAGAUCGUAACCGGUGUCAAAGGAGCGACUGUAACCAGUGUCAAAGGAGAGAUCGUAACCGGUGUCAAAGGAGCGACUGUAACCAGUGUUAAAGGCGCACCUGUUACCAUCGUGAAAGGAGCUGCCGCAGCCAAUGUCAAAGAGACACCCAUAAUCAGUUCCAAGGCUACAGACGUCGCCAGUGUUAAAGAAGUAUCAGUAACCAACAACCAAGGAGCCCCUGAAGUUCCAGUGAUCCAAGACUUCAGUGAAGCGGAGGCCCCUGGUAAGCAUGUAGGCUACCUGAAGAAAACACAAGAUGGAGAUAUCGCUGUGUACGAACUGGAGGAUGCUGCCAUGGCGGAUGUGAUGCCGGGGCGAAGAGGUCAGUGGUAA